GGAGAGCUCCUCUUGCAAAAGACCUCUGUCAGACACAGUCUUGCAAAAAGAGAAUAUCAAAUAAACCAGGGCUGCGUUCGGAAGGGACUGGGGAACAAUCGAGUCAUGCAGGAGCGAAGAGAAGAAGAUACGGGGUUCCCCACUGUGGACUCCACAAACUCUCACCUGUGCACGUCAGACUCCUUCACUCUCCUGAGAACAGACACGCGCUCACAGGGAUGGGGCAGGGAAGAGCAAAAUUUUCCCUUGUUGCCGAUGGUAACCAGAGAGUCGGUAAGGCAAUACCUUCAAUUCAGACCUGACCAAUCAGUGAUCAUCCUACAUGCCAAAGUUGCUCAGAAGUCAUACGGCAAUGAGAAAAGGUUUUUCUGCCCCCCUCCUUGUGUGUAUCUUAGUGGGCACGGAUGGAAAGUCAGACAUGAGCAGCUGAAAGCAUCAGGUCUGGUUGAGUCCAGCUAUCGUCUGUUCGGGUACAUGGGUCUGGACAGCUCCGCCGAUCCUCAGACAGACAGCUUCAAGCUGAGCUUUGAAGAGCAGGAAGACAAGAGGAUGUUUGCCUGUGCUAAAACCCUGUACAUCUCCGACACGGACAAACGAAAGCACUUUCGGCUUAUGCUUCACUUGUUUCACAACGGAGGGCAAGAAAUUGGUUCAUUCCACAGCAGACUCAUUAAAAUCAUCUCCAAACCGUCACAGAAGAGGCAAUCCAUGAAAAACGCUGACCUGUGUAUUAUAUCGGGCUCAAAAGUGUCACUGUUUAAUCGUCUGCGAUCACAGACAGUCAGCACGCGAUACCUGGCGGUGGAAGACGGGGCUUUCGUUGCCAGUGCGAGACAAUGGACGGCCUUCACCAUCACUCUGGUGAACGAGCGGCAGUCCGAUCGGAAUGAAUAUACAGGAUGCGAAAGCUACAUCUGUUACGGCAGCGUGGUUCAGCUGGUGUGCACCAACUCGGGCGUCGCUCUGCCACCUAUGAUAAUACGCAAGGUGAACAAGCAGCAUGCGUGUCUAGACGUGGAUGAACAUGCAUCUCAGCUUCAUAAAUGUGCGUUUCAGUUCAGAGACAGCAGUCACAUGUACCUCUGCCUGUCCAAUGAAAAAAUUAUACAGUUCCAGGCCUCUCCAUGCCCUAAAGAGAGGAAUAAGGUGUUAUUGAAUGAUGGCUCAUGUUGGACCAUCAUUGGAACAGAGGUUGUGGAAUAUACCUUCAGUGAGAGUUUGACCAGUCAUCCGACCACCAUCAGCCCAUUACCCAUCAUCAAUGGACUGGAGUUAAAUGGUGGAGGUCAUGUGGCCAUGUUGGAGCUUCAUGGCGAAAACUUCAGCCCUCAUUUAAAGGUCUGGUUUGGAAACAUGGAGGCUGAGACCAUGUUCAGGUCAUCGAGGUCUCUGCUGUGCGUCGUUCCUGACGUGUCCGUUUUGAGCGGUGAAUGGAGAUGGAUGCGACAACCCAUCACGGUGCCCCUGUCUCUGAUUCGACUGGACGGCCUGAUCUACAAGAGCUCUUUCUCCUUCACGUACACACCUGAACACAGCGCGCCCUCUCAACCGACCGGCACGGCUGAAAAGACCACAGACUCGGACUCCCUCAUAGACACCAUACACCAGGAAUUCACACGGAUGAACUUUCACCUAUUUAUGCAGAGCUGA